AUGGAGGAGAUUAAGGUGGAGAGCGAGUUAAAGCUCUGUGAGGCGAAGAUAGACAAUCUCGGUAUACAACUGGACAAGAUUCAGUCUCAUUCCUCUGAUAUACUUUUCUUCAGUCUUCAGUGGAGAGAUUUACAGGAAUAUCUGAAAACCGCCCAAGGGAAAGUAGAGAAGAGGUUCAGGGAACUAGCGUUGAAGGAGACGGAGUUGCAAGAUAAAAGCUUCGCACUUGAAGAAAGGGCUAAAGUGGUUGAAGCAGCCGAAGCCGAGAUGGCUGAUUUAGAGAUGAAAACUGGUGGGUUUCGCAUGGAAAUCGAAGAGAAAAGGAAAGAUCUAACAUUGGUUCAGGACAAUGUUAAGGAAUGUGAGAAGCUGCUUGAGACACGGACCUCGGAACUUGUUUCUAAAGAGAGAGAGCUGGUAGUACUGAGUCUGGACCUUGACUUGAGGGAAGAGAUGGUCAGAUCACUGAAUAACGACAUGAAGGAGACUUGCCAACAGAUGGAAUCAAAAGCUAAGGAGUUAGAGGGCAUUCAGAGGCUGAUUGAGGAACGGAAUGCACAUUUUGAAUCAAUCAACAACUUGAUUGAGGAACACAACGAAGAACUUGCUCUUAAAGAGAAGAGGCAGGAUGAGAUGAGGGAUGCUAUUCGCAAAUUAUCCUUUGAGAUUGACUCUGUAGAGAAGACAUUGGAAAGAGCUAAACUUUUUGUCGAGCAACUCUCUGAGAAACAACAUUCAAUGGAGGACAAACUGGAUUCGACAGAAAGAAGUCUAGAAAAAUGCAGUGCAAAGUAUGAUUCAAAGAAAAAGGAACUUCGCUCUGUGAAGAAUACAUAUAAAGUGUACGUACAAAACCUGGAUAUCAAAGAGAAUGAGUUAAAGUCUUUACAAGAUGAAUAUAAAAAGAUUCAAGACAGAUGGGAAGACUUCCAAUCUAAAGAGGAAAAGCAAGUCAGAUUAAAAGCAUCAUUGAUGGAACGUGAGCAAGGACUUGAAUUGAAAGAGAAGAAGCUUGCUGCUCUGGAGGAAAAGAUUGAGCUGAAAGAGAAGGAGCUUGAUUCUCGGGAGGAAAAGAUGGAUAAAAGAGAUCAGCUACUGAAAUCUUCAAAAAAGAAUUUGGAGGAAUGUGUUAAUGAUCAUGAGUUGGUACAAGAUGCUAAUGUAUCUGACGACCAAACUUUACAGUUAAUCUUACGUGGGCAUCUGAAGAAAUGUCCUCAGCUUCACCUUGAUAUCUCGCGUUCUCUGAAAGCAUCUUCUGACCCGGCAAAGCUUGUGUUAGAGACAAUUCAAGGGCUUUACUCCGCUCAUCAAGGGACAGCAGUAACAAAUCUUGAUCCAAAUAGUGUUAGAAGGAGUAGCAUCUACUUGCUCGAGUGCUUAAUGGAUAUGUCAGUAAAACCCAGGAAAGUACAAGGAGAAGCUAUCAAAUUUGCCACUGAAUGGAAGAACACAACUAUAGUUAAGGCAGAGAAUCCUGUGGAGGUGUUGGGUUUUCUGCACUUUCUUGCUGCAUUCAGUUUGGCAUACACUUUUGAUGCCGACAAAGUCCAGAACCUUUUUGAUGUUGUCUUUCUUCGCAAAUACGCUCCGAGCCUAUGCGAGGCUCUUGGAGUAUCAGCUCUAGCACCUGUCAACAACGUACUAUCGUUGGAAGAUAAGCCUGAACAGCAGCCCCCUGAAGUACCAAUCAGCAAUAGUAAUGAUUCUUGCUCCCGGGAUGUCCAAGAAAACAUAGCAUCAUCUCCAUUGGCUAAUGAAGAUGCUCUUAGGGACUUUGAGGGCUCAGCUUUCUUUUCACCGAAUGAAGUCUCUACUAAUCUUCCAAUGCUAAAAGAUCCAGGCAGGUUUGUUCUAACUUCUGUCGAGGAUGCACUCACGGGUGCUCAUCAGAGAGGGGAAUUGAGUUUAGCAGAUCCUAUACUUACUACUUUGGUUCCCCUAUUGGAGGAGCUGCCACGUGUUGUUAGCUCUCCCGAUCCUGAUUUACAGUCAGAUGCAACAAAAGUGGCACAUAGAUGGAGCAUUAUGAUGGGAACUAGCGCUCAAAAGUCACACCUCGAGGCUUGGGCUUUUCUGCAAUUCAUUGUGGCGUAUGGACUGGUGAAACGAACCAAUCAAGAUGAAACUUUGAAAUUUGCCUCGAAUGUUGCUCACUUCAAACAGGCUCCAAAACUCUUUCAGUCUCUUGGUCUCAGUUCUGCCAUCCCAAAUUUUGUUAAACUUCUCCUGAACAAUGCCCUAUAUUUUCCGGCAAUCCGGUUUAUUUUGUUCUUCAACCUGAAGAACAACUUUUCUCCACUGGUCUUCUUGAAGGAAGAGAUCAUCAAUCUUAGACGCUCUGCCAAGGAAAAGAGAAGCUUUGAAUCACAGGCUGAAGUCAGAGAUGCUGCUAAAUUGAGAGACAUAAUAGAACUCAUCGAAGACUUCAAGCUGGAAAUUGAUCUUCCUGUGGAUCUUAUCACCAAAUUCAUGGUUCCUCGGGAAAUUAAAAAUCAGAAACAAUCUGUUGUCUCAUCAUCUGUCCCACUUCAAUCACCGCAGAUACUUCCAAGUUUUCAUAUGCAGGAUUCACACACAGUCUUUCACAGCUCAUAUAAUGCCACUAAUUGCUCAAACCCGAGCCUUCCAACAAGCUUUGGUGCGGCACCAAAUCCACAGGUCCUAGACGUGGAAACAUAUCAAGCUGCUGGUUCAACUGCGUUGCAAGGUCAAUCUUCACACCUCGCUGGUUCUAAACGUCCAAGGGUGGAUCCUGUGGGUCCUAGACCGGCGAUUAGACCUUGCUUGUUUCCACAAUCAGGCAAUGGCAGAUUCUAGUGUUCUGUCUCAAGGGUCAAGCUAGCUUAGGUAAAGUAGU